CAAGGCGCAGCCAUUCCACAGUUUCCACUUUCAUUUCUGUGCGACUGUGGGCUCUCGCUUGCUUCUCCUCAGAACCCCAAAGAAGAAGUGCGGGGGGACAUGACAGUAGCGGCAGGGAUCGGGUACGCCUUGCUAGCGCUAGGCCCGUCUCUUUCCCUCUUCGCCUGCGUCAUCUCCAAGAAGCCCUUCUUGAUCCUCACUGUCCUCUCUAGUACGCUUUUGUGGCUAAUAAGUCUGAUUUUGCUGUCGGGAGUGUGGAGGGGUUUUCUUCCGCUGAAAUCAACGACUUGGUGGCCUUAUGGACUACUUAUAUUCACAUCUGUUGCUUUUCAAGAAGGGCUUCGGGUUCUUUUCUGGAAAGUCUACAAGAGGUUGGAAGACAUACUGGAUGGUUUUGCUGAAAGAGUCUCAAAACCACACCUAUUUCUGACAGAUAAGAUGCAAAUUGCACUGGCUGGUGGUUUGGGUCAUGGUAUGGCCCAUGCUGUUUUUUUCUGUCUCAGCCUCUUAACACCAGCAUUUGGUCCAGCUACAUUUGUCGUCGACAGGUGCUCUAGGAUACCAUUUUUUCUUGUUUCUGCAAUCAUCUCCCUGGCAUUUGUUACGAUUCACACCUUUUCAAUGGUCAUUGCGUUUAAUGGAUAUGCAGAAGGGAAUAAAGUGGACCAACUUUUUGUUCCUGUAGUUCAUCUCGUUGCAGGAAUGGCGACGCUGGUAAAUUUUGGAUCAGGGGGUUGCAUGAUCAGUAUUCCUCUCCUCUAUCUCAUUGCCAUCUUGACUUUGAUUCAUUGCGGGAAGAUGGUGUGGAGAAGAUUGAUAGAAAAUCGAGGGGAAACUCGUAGUAGCCACUAACUUUUAAGAGGCCUCCUUAUUUCUUACAUCACUUAAAUACACUACUUGUCUACUAAUUCAUGUUUCCUCCGUAUACAAAGAGCUUUAACCUUGCUUGAAGAAUUUUUUUUUUUUUUUUUUAUUUAUAAGUCAUGAAGAAAUAUUAAUGUUA